AUGCUACACCAGAUAGAAAAAAAAGAACGUUUGCAAAUGACUGAAGCCAGAAGACUGAAACUGAAAGAAUACAGGGCGUUUCAGGAAUUCCUGAAGAAUGUUUGCAGCGUGGAGAUCUGGUUGAAACAAAAGCUUCAGAUAGCGGCAGAUGAGAGCUAUAGGGAACCUCAUAACCUGGAAAGUGAAAUCCAGAAGUAUUCUACAUUUGAGGCAGAGGUUAUGGACAGCGAUGAAAGAGUGCAAAGCGCUGGAAGAAAUCAAAGAAGAUUGGAAGAGAAUGUUGGAACUCAGCAGAUCAAACGGGAAAAGCUGAACGAGGCAUAUCAAGCACUGCUCUUCAGGAGGUCCGUCGAAGAGUUUGAGGCUUGGCUAGGUGAAGUCGAGAUUCAAGUUAGUAACGAUUUCGGAAAAUACUUGGCUUCAGACAACAACAUCCUAAGAUGCCAUCCCGCUUUGGAAAAUGACUACCAACAGCACCUAGAGAACUACGAGAGCAUCAACGAGAUAGAUGAGGAGGUACAGUGGUUGAGCGACAGGAAAUCGCUGGCAGCGUCUUUGGACAUGAGUAUCAGUCUAACUUCGGUCCAGAGCUUACAGAAAAAGUAUCGGACGCUGGAGGUCGAGCUGAACUCAAGAGAACACAUCGUGAAGAGUUUGAUGGAUAGGGCGGUCAACAUGAUGAGAUCCGGUCAUGAGUUCUCCAAUGAUAUCAGUGAGAAGGUGAAAGAAUUGGAGAAUCGAUUUGUGAUGGUGAGGGAUAUGGCCAGUCUGAAGAUGUUGAGGUUGCAAGAUGCCCUUGAAUCGGAAAAGUUUUACGAGGAGAGUUCAGAAGCUGAGGCCUGGAUUGAUGACAAGUUGUUGGCUCUGGCAACAAGUGAGGUUGGUAGAGAUGAGAUUUCCAUUCAGAUGUUGCAGGGAGAGCUGAGUAUAAUAACUGCUGAAGUUGAAGCUUACCAGGAAACGAUCGAUAAAUUAUCCCAGAGAUGUUGCCAUCUUGUGGGAAGAGAGCACUACGAUGCAGAUAACAUCAAGAAAAGAGAGGAAGAAAUAGUGCACCAGUUCAAGAAGUUACGUCAGCUAGUAGCUAAGAGGGAAGUUUCCUUCUCUGAAGCCUUCCAGUAUUUCGGGUUCCUCCAAGAAUGGAUCAAGGACCAGAUGACCAAUUCCAAAAUUGAAAAGCAUGGAGUUGAUGUCGAGCAUGUGGAACUUCUAAUUCAUGCCUUCGACACUUUUUACGCUAGUUUAAUGAAUAGCGAGGCAAGGCUCCAAUUAUGUUUAAUCAGUGGAAAUGCUCUGAUAGAAGCUAAAUGCAGAUAUAGCGCCAAGAUCCAGGAGAAAAUGAUUGAGGUCCAGACUCAAUGGAAGGAUCUCUUGGAGCUGGUAAACGGUCUGAAUGAACUCUUGGUCGGAGCAAAACAGGUGCAUAUGUUCGAUAGAAGAGCUGAAGAAAUAAUCACUUGGAUAUGCGAGAAAGAGGUUGACUUGUGCUACGAUACCAAUAGUCAAGACUCGGAAAGUAACCAAGAUUUGCUCAGAAAACCUCAGACUUUCGAAGGCGAGUUGGAAGUGAUCGAGGACAAGGCGAACUUUAUAGAGCAAGAGGCCAAGAAACUUGUCGAGGAAUUCCCAGAUACGAAUGAGCACGUUGACAGCAAGAAGGAAGAUACGCUGGAAGCUUACAAAUAUCUUGUUGUGUGCGCAGAGAGGAAGAAAUAUAACUUGCAGCAAUUGGAACCAUCCCGAGUUUAUAAAAACCAAGACAUUGACGAGAAGAUCGAAAUCCUGAAGUUUGGAUUAGGGACCUGGGAGAAGCGAGUCUUGCAAGUGGAAGAUCCGAUCGGGAGGCUUUGCGACUUCGAGGAGAGGAUCAAAGUUCAAGAGAAGACCGUUGGUAGUCAAUCUAUAAAGCCUCAACCUUGCACCAUAAGGACACUCAACUUGCCUAUUCCCGAAUCUGUAGUAUAA